UAAAUCUCAUCUUCGUUUAGAAAGUACAAUCAGUAUUCCUCAUCACAAGACUUGGUCAUGCUGCCUUAAACCUAUUUUUAUCUUCAUAUCAAGAAGUUAACAACUCCUUUAUCUGUAUUUGAGUAUCUGUUAUAAUCGGGUAAGAAAAUAAUGUGAGAUAUUUGUUUUGAAGCAUACUAGAACAGUUUAUUUAUGCUUAAGAUAGCACACACUUGAAUCUGUCGUCUGCCAGUUCCACAACACGAGCGACAAGGCACAACGCAUAAACGCCUUCCUCAACACUGCAGAGACAUGAUGAUGGAUAGUGGCAACUGUCAGAUCUCUUCCGACAUCACUUGACACCCCACUUGAAGACGAGACAAAACGGUCUUGCUGCACAUCAGUGGCUUUUCAUCUUUAUGCCCUUGUCAGCAAGAUGGCACUCUCACAAUCUCAAGUGCCACUGACACACUUAUUUGCAGAACUAUCUUCCUUGGAGGACCUCAGAUUUCCUCUGGAGCGAUCAUCAAGAUUGCAGUAUACAUGCUUAUCAGUGUCACAGCGAUAUAUUGCCUUGGGAUCAAACACUGGUGGUGUGUAUAUCUUUAGCAGAGAAUCCCUGAAAUACCUUCAGGUGGUGUUUGGAGAUGUGGAAGUCAGUGCAGUGACUGCAACAGCUCUCAGUCCAAAUGAUCAGAAUGUAGCUCUGGCUGACAGUUCAGGUCAAGUCAUUGUGAUGGAAUUAAACAUUGAACGAAGGAUACGCCCUGAGCGUGUUCGGCAGACAACUGAUCAUGUAGGAGCUACUGUGACGGCCAUGUUGUGGGAUAACUCUAGCUCAAGUCUGUUUGUGGCAGACAGCUUGGGCAAAGUUACUCUUAUCAAUGUUUCUGCAUCCAAGGCGAAAACACUUUUCACCAUUCCUUCAGAAACAAUUGUUCGCCUGGACUCCAGUGUGUAUCAGAUGGACUGGUGGAGCAACAAGCUUCUUGUUUCUACAGUUUCUAGAACAUAUCUUCUUAACAACACCAGACAUCAGUUUUCACAAAUUGGGCAGAAGUCAAGGGAUGGAAAGUUUGGUGCCUGCUUUUUCAUAGAGCCCAGCUCCAACUAUGCUGUCAUCUACUGUGCUCGUCCUGGUUCCCGCAUGUGGGAGGUGGAUUUUGAGGGAAAUGUGCUGAACACGCAUCAGUUUAAACAGAGUUUGGCUACUCAUCCAUCACCCAUCAUUUCACAGAGUGUGAACCUGGAGGAAGCACUGCUUAGUCCAUCCUCUGCUCCUCAGUCUGUCAAUUUUCAGAAAAUGUUUCGACUUGGAGAAUUUAUCUUAACAUGGAGCAGCCAUGGUUUCUAUGUGUUUGACCCUGUCAACGUCAAGGUUGUUCUCUGGAUGGAUGCUUUUAAAGGUGGCAUUUCCGAUAUGUGUGUUGUGAAAAAUGAAGUAUAUAUUUUCCUCGAGUCCCAGGAAGUACGACGCCUUGUCUUUCUUCCCAUCUUUCUGCUUGUGCUCAGCACUUACCAGCCCACACGUUGCACAUUAGCUGCCAGACUGCUUCUUUACAUGGAGAACUUUGCACUCCGGCCUUCUUUGCUGAAGCGCAUCAAAAAGGAACUAGUUCCUCAGCUCACAUCACUUUUGAUAACUGAGGGACAUUUAGCUCUUGCUGAGAAAAUUUCUGGAAUGCUGGAAGACGUCAGUGUGAGCUCUGGUGACUUAGACAUUACACAGGAAGAGAGGGUUAACUACCCACAAUACAGCACCCAGCUGUCUGGCAUUGUGGUUGUUAAUGAUGGCAGCAUCACAAGUCAAGAGAAAGGGUUGUAUGGAGGAGUGUCACACCUGUCAAUUUCACACAAGAAAGAAGAACAGAAUCAGAACAGCAAAGUGAGAACAGGAAAGAAAUACUCAAAUGGAAAACAUCCGACCCAGAUCCCUCAUCUGAUCCUCCUAGAACACACAUAUUACAGAAGUACAAUUCUGUAGAUGAUUGCACUGAAGACAGUGUUGAUAGUGAAGUAAACAACAACUUGGAUCAGGUUGUUGACAAAAUCUCAAUGGUGAUGACAACAGCAAUCAAGAGAAAGUGGGAGGUAAUCAUGUUGACGAUAUUGACUGUGAUAGCUUGUUGACAGACAGCUUAGAAGCACCACUUAACAACAGUUAUAAGUGUGACUCAUUAGAGGAAAGGCUUUCACCUAUGGAUCUGGAGAGGGAUUUGCAGUCUGAAGAAGAACCUUUCAUUAAGGCUGCUGCUUGGGAAGAGCAUUCUGACAACAGCCAAGACAAUGUGUUUGAAGACAGUAAGCUAGGAAGUGAUACAGAGCAGGUUGUGUCCCAUCCAAGAUUAUCAAUCUGAUUUUAAGAACAAAAAUGGAAAGGAAAGUGGUGAAAUAGACUUGGAAGGGGAAACUCAAAGAACAAAUGCUGAUGUUAUGACAGAGAGUUAUCCUCCCCAUGUGAAAAUUUCUGAAGGAGCAGAAAUAGAUCCUGCUGCUUUGGAAGUGCAUUCUGGCAACAGCCAAGACAAUGUGUUUGAAGACAGUAAGCUAGGAAGUGAUACAGAGCAGGUUGUGUCCCACCAAGAUUAUCAAUCUGAUUUUAAGAACAAAAAUGGAAAGGAAAGUGGUGAAAUAGACUUGGAAGGGGAAACUCAAGGAACAGAUGCCGAUGUUAUGACAGAGAGUUAUCCUCCACAUGUAAAAAUUUCUGAAGAAAUAGAUGCUGCUGCUUUGGAAGAGCAUUCUGGCAACAGCCAAGACAAUGUGUUUGAAGACAGUAAGCUAGGAAGUGAGACUGAGUAUGAAUUGUCCCGACAAUAUUAUCAGUCUGAUUUUGAGAAAAGAAAUGAAAGGGAGGAUGGUGACAUAGACUGGGAAGGGGAGAGUCAGGAAACAGAUGCCAGUGGCAUUACUGAGAGUUAUCCUCCACAAGUAAAAAUUUCUGAAGAACAGUGAUUCUAGAGAGAACACAUUCUUUGCCUAGUCUGCAUGAGAAUGAAGCCAACAUUACCUUUGCUGAGAGAGAUUCAGAAGAUCAACUGCAUCAUAAUGGCUUCAAUGCAGAGACUGAAACAAGCCAAGCCACAACUGGAGAAGCAACUGCAG